GGCUCGUGCGCUGGCACCUCGUCUCGCGGAGGGACGCGCUCGCCGCGCGCGCCGCUGACAUCUUCGCCCCCGCCGAGGCGCGCGCCCUGCUGUCCACGGCGGAGAGGGCCGAGGCGCUGGCUUGGGAGCGGCUGCUGGGAAAUAGGGAGGUUGUUGGGAGGUUGCAGGAGGCCCUAGCGAUCAUGGCGCAGCCGAGCUACGUCCCCGCCUCGCUGAAGGAGCUUGCCAUGCUGGCGGACGAGAUCUGGUUCCUGGCCGGCGACGUCGCCGUGGACCCCUCGUGGUACACUAAGCGGGCAUCGCUGUCCGCCAUAUACACUGCCUCCGAGCUGUUCAUGACCAACGACCAGUCCCCCGACUUCCAGGACACGAGGGAGUUCCUGCGGCGGCGGUUUAGCGAGGCGAACGACCUUGGCGGCGCGGUAAAGUCCAUCGGCCAGUGGUUGGGGUUCACCGCCAGCGCUGGCAUUAAUGUGUUGAGGAGCAAGGGCAUGCCUGUAUAGAACAGCUGGCUGGGUAGAGCAGAACCCGCGUUUUGCUGCAGUUAGAUAGAUAAGGGGACACGGGAAUUCCCUGCCCCCACCCUGUAUAAGUGUAUACUACAGCAUUCUGUAUAUUGAAUAGAGCGACUAUCUCCCAGCG